UCAACACAACUCACUUCGCCAUGGGAAUCAAAGGUCUCACAGGGCUCCUCUCAGAGCAUGCCCCACAAUCAAUAUCUUCGCAUGAAAUCAAAACGCUCUUUGGCCGCAAAGUCGCGAUCGACGCGUCCAUGUCCAUUUAUCAGUUCCUGAUAGCAGUGCGCCAGAAAGACGGAGAAAUGCUGCAGAACGACGCUGGCGAAACGACGAGUCAUCUCAUGGGUUUCUUCUACCGCACAAUACGAAUCGUGGAGAACGGCAUUAAACCUGCGUAUGUUUUUGAUGGAAAGCCUCCUGAACUAAAGGCUGGAGUGCUUGCGAAACGAUUCGAGAAGAGAGAGGAGGCUAAGGAAGACGGCGAGGAGGCGAAAGAAACAGGUACAACUGAGGACGUGGACCGUUUCUCUCGACGGACCGUCAAAGUUACAAGAGAACAUAAUGAAGAAUGUCGAAAACUCCUAGGUUUGAUGGGCAUUCCAGUAGUCAUUGCUCCAUCAGAAGCAGAAGCCCAAUGUGCCGAGCUUGCACGUGGCGGAAAGGUCUACGCUGCCGGCUCAGAAGAUAUGGACACGUUGACAUUCAAUGCGCCGACCCUAUAUCGUCAUCUCACAUUCUCGGAGGCCAAGAAACAACCUAUCAGUGAAAUUAACUUGGAAAAAGCCCUGCAGGGGCUAGAUAUGAACAUGUCCCAGUUUAUCGACCUAUGUAUACUGUUGGGAUGCGACUACUUGGAGCCCAUAAGAGGCGUGGGUCCUAAGUCUGCUCUCAAGCUCAUCCGAGAGCACGGCGGACUUGCAGGCGUGGUCGAACAUCUGCGUGAAAAACAAGCGGUGAAAGAUGAGGCAGCAGAGGACGGCAAGAAGAAAAAGGGCGGCGUGCAGAUACCUGACGAGUGGCCAUGGGAGGAAGCCAAGAGAGUCUUCGAGAAGCCAGAUGUGACGCCGGCGGAUGAGAUCGAGUUGGAAUGGAAACAUCCAGAUGUCGAUGGUCUCGUGGAAUUCCUCGUGAGGCAGAAAGGCUUCAAUGAGGAGCGUGUGCGCAAGGGCGCAGAAAAGCUCUCCAAGUUCCUUAACGCAAAACAACAAGGUCGGUUAGACGGAUUUUUCACCGUACAACCGAAGGCCCCCUCCGCAAAAAAUGUGAAGGGCAAAAAGGCUGAUGCGAAGGGGGCCACUGGUAGCAAACGCAAGAACAAAGAGGGCGAUGCAGGUCCGAGUAAGAAGGCAAAGGCGAAGAAGUAAUCGCCGCCAGUGGACAUCUCAAUAUGUUUCUUUUUUGUUUUUGUUGUAUCUGUAGAGGUGAACUCGUCUCGGAUUGUUGUCCGGAAUUAUUAAUAUAUUGUAGGAUUGUAGUACAAGCAGCGUCUCAUUCACGGACAAAAUCCCGCGUCGUUCUCGCCAAAGAAAGGCUUGCCGGAAGCAAUCGGAUGAAGACACCUUUUUUCUCGACACCGGGAUACAAGACGCCGGGUACUGUCUGCCAGGGAAAGAUACAUAUAUAUAUAACACAUGAUAUAACAGGUAUAUAGCACAGUCAAAUACAAUUACAAAACG